UUGUUUUAAUAUUCGCGUUCUAUUUUUGUGUGUGACGGUUCUGUCCGACAAAUAGAAUUUUGUAAUUUCAUCCAAUUUCAUUGAUUGUUUUAAAUUAUUCAUCUAUCCCUCCGAAUAAUUGAUAUAUCCUGCUCUGAAAAAACCCGAUCAUGUUGAACGGCGAGGAAACGACGGCGGCUACAGAAUCCGCAAAUAACCCGAUACCGGAAGAAGUGACGAAGCAAUCGUUCCGCCUCAAGGUAUGGCGCCAUUUGGAGACCAAUGGUCUGGCUAUGUUUCCGAGGCCGGUGUACAACCGCAUCCCGAACUUCAAGGGCGCGCAGGAAGCCGCUGCCAAGCUGGCGGAACUCGACGUGUUCAAAAAUGCCAAAACUGUCAAAGUCAACCCGGACAAACCGCAGGAGCCUGUCAGAGUGCUGUGUCUCGAGCAACAAAAAACACUGUAUGUGCCGGUCCCUCGGCUGCAGAACGGUUUCCUGAACCAACUCGUGUUGCCGGAAGGAGAGACCGGCCCGGGUGCGAUCAAGAAGGCUGUCUCCCGGAACGGAAUGGAAACCUAUGGAAAACCACUGUCCAUAGAAGACUCGGUGACGCUGGACCUCGUAGUGAUGGGUUCCGUUGCGGUCUCAAAAGAAGGCUUUCGUAUUGGCAAAGGAAAAGGCUAUGGAGAUUUGGAGUUUGGUCUGAUGAUGCACAUGAAAGCGUUGAAGCCGACCACUCUUGUAGUGACCACUGUACACGACUGUCAGGUAUUCGACACGCUUCCGGCAGAGCUGUUCAAGCCACACGACGUACCAAUCGAUAUCAUAAUAACGCCUACACAGGUGAUUGAAACUCAUCGCGUGAGCCAUCGGCCCACCGGCAUAUUGUGGCAUCUGCUCUCCAACCGCCGUGUGGAGAUGAUGCCCGUGCUGGGACAAUUGAGGGAGAUUGAAAUGCUCGCUGGCAAAGCUUGCACAUUGAAAGAAGAAGACACGGACGUAGAGGAGCGGGCGGUACAACGAGCGCGUAGACAGAGACGUCGCACUAAGUCUACCAAGACACAGAGCGAGGGAGAGGGUAAUACGACAGAAGGCGAGGACGGCAAGAGCAAGCCGCGACGCAAUCCGCGCAGGCGCAACAGUCACAAGUCUGUCGGUCCCGAGGACACCCUGAAGGCUGACGGCAAGGAACAGAAGUCCAGGAAGUUCAAGCGGCCAAAGCCGGUCAUCGACUUCUCCGUAAAGAUCUCGAACAUCAGCCCAACCACAAGAGUUCGCGAUCUGAAGCAAGCGCUCUCUGAACGCGGCGUCAAGCCGCAGAUGAUGACAUGGAAGGGUUUCCGAGGAUACUGCUAUUUGCACUUUUUAAAGCCUGGACCACAAAAGGGCGAAGGCGACAAUUUCGAACCGCCGAACAUGGACGGCAUCAUAACGGCGCUUGCGGAGAUGUCGAUAGCCGCCGAGGAGGGCCAAGCCGCUGAGAAGCCCCGCCUGCUGAAGGUGGAGCCGGCGCCGCCCCGCGACCCGUUGCAGCAACCGCAACCGCAGCAACAACAACCGCUGCCGCAGACUGCAGAGGUACAUUAACAUCAAUGGUCGUCGAGUCGAGUAUUUUAUUAGUAAGGCACACAUAAAAGGACGUUGCUAGCAUAUUGUAUACGCGUAGGAUUCAUUCCUGUCGCAUUCCGGUACUAAUUUCUUUAUAUUAUUUAAGUCAAUUUUUCGUUGCGCGCGGCCGUUUCUGCUUGUUGUACCCUCGGAUGGUAUUAUGCAAAAGUAAUCUUAAUGAACUCAUUGUAAAGUUCCCAUAUCAAACUUGUAGUUUUAAGGCUCGGAAUUUUUAAGUGCAAUUUAGUUUAGACUUAAUACGUUUAAGCAUUAAUAUUUUUCUUAUAUUAUUAUUUUGAACGGUUUCUAACCUACAAUUUGUCAGGCAAAGUGCAUUGAUUGUUACUUUUGCAUAAUUUUCUUCUUUUACGUAAAACGAAAUAGAAUAAUAUUCGAAGCGAUUGUUCGAUUUUUGUUUUAAGCUCACUUUCGAACGGGGUCGGUUGGUAUGGUAUUUUGUUCUUGUCGCAUUAACGGUCGCCGCUUUUGUGUGUGAGGGAGUAAGCUGUAUCGGUGGCAGAAAAAUAGCUUAGCUGAACACAUUAAAUGGUAAAAUGUUUAUUAUGUUAUCUAACUUUAUAUUAAGCAAAGUAGAUUUUUCAUUUUGAUUUAAGUCAUUCUUAUCCGGAACUUACCGUUAAACUUUAGUAUUUUUCAUCAGAACCUAUCAACCCUUGGUUAAAAAUAUUUGUUAUAUUAUAUUAUAGCAAUUUUUGAAACAGUGACUUAAUUGUUUCUAGUAACAAGUUCAACCUUUAAUGUUGUUUUUGUCUGUCACCGCUACAUCGUUCUACGAAUAUAUUUGUUUGUUCUCUAGUCUUAGAAUUUAAUCUACUCAUGUUUUCAAUACAUAAUAUUUUAAGGAUUCUUCCAUGUUAUGAAAUUUAAAAAGAACUAUUUUAAUAUUAUACCUAAUAUAGAUUCUUAAUACUUUUAUGGUAACGGUAGACAUGUUCGUAAAUAUUUAUCUUAAAAGGAAAUAGAUUAAUUUUGUGAAUUUAGAUAUCGCUUCGAAUUGAAUGCGAUGGGUGGUUUUCAAAAAAAUAUUAUUAUAAUAACAUUUAUAAAUUAUUAUUAUUUCGAAUUAAUUCAUUUUUAAUUAAAUUGGGGUCUCGAUUGUGUUAUGUACAUAAACACCUCAACAUCCUAUGCAUAGGGUUGCAUAAAUAUUUAGGUCAGGUAAGGUCAACCUACUUUUUGAAAUAUUAAAUACAUUGUUUAAUAUUUUUAAAAAUAUAGUCAUUGGUUAUAUUCUUGUUUUAUCUUUCCCGGUUCAACUUGAUAUUUAUCAAAUAUAAAUUUGAAUUGAAACAGAACGUACAUAUUUGUCAUCUUGUUUAAUAUUGAAUACAUACCGAAACACCUGAUUACACAUGUGUAUCUAUUUGUUACACCUAGUUAGUAGUUUUUUUGGAGUUGUGACACUAUUUCUUUAAAUAGAAUAGAUUAUUUUGAACAUGUUUAUCCGAAUCAUGGUGCUUGUUUUGGGGCGUCUUAACUGUUGUGAAAUGGAUUUGAUUAAUUAGUCUUUAAUAACUUAAGAGAUAUUAUUUAUUUAUAAAUUUAUAGUUUCUACAAUCGGGUGCCCCCCAUGGAGAGUCGUGCCAAUACGCUUUAUUUACUCAUUGCUUUAAAUUUAACAUAUCUCGCCAAAAUUUGACUCUUACGGAGUGUAGAAUAUUCUUUUAUCAAAAUGGAUUCUAUGAUCUGAGGGUUGCUGGUGAUAAAUUUCAGAACUAUACCUAUUAGGGUUUCAAAAUAAUUAGAACAUAACAUUCUGUAAAAUUUGUUCAUUUUGUUUGUAUGCAGUAGUGCAUCCAACCAAAGCUGCCUGGCCAUUGACGUAGAAAAUAGAAGAGCAAAGAAGUGCACAUUUUGUGUAUUUUAUUAAAUAUAUUUUAAUCACCGAUGAUAAAAAGAAUCUCAAAAUCAAAUUUAUUUGUUCAUUCGUAUAUUUAUCGACCUAUUCGAAAAUAUAUGCAUCGCACCUCAGAAAAGCGGUACUUAGAAACUCGAGGACCUAUUUUUAUUUACAACAAAAACCAAUGACAGAUUGAGUAUAUGUAGUGAGACAAAGAACAUUUCAUUGCAUAUUGUCUGAGAGGACGUGAACAUUCUGCAAAAUUUGUUCCCCCACUGCUCCAUAGUAAUCUACUUCGUCGCUUCACGUCAAUGGACAUGUAGCCAACGUUGUUAGCUCAUUUAAUAGUAGGUAAACCAUACUUCUCACUCGGUAAACAUAUGCUUCGUGUGUUGUGUUAUGUUCUAAGUAUCAAGAUGUCAACAGGUCAUUACGACUGUCGUAAUAGUGCUAUAUUUAUUAAGAACCUUAACGAGGUAGGCACUGCCUAAUUGUCUUAGAUAUGGUAUGCAAGCCCCUGUUACGACGGUAUCUACGGUUAUUGACAAUUCCAGCCUAAACAGUUUUAUGGGCUAGUCAACCUUCGGUCCAUUAAACAUAACAAGGCUUUUUUUUGUACAAUUUAGAUCGAAAUGAAUAUCUGUUUUAUUUAUCAUCAGCCCCUUUGUUUAUUAAAUUGGAUUCUCGCUACUAAUUUCAGUAUUAGAUUUAAUGUAAGACUAGGAGAGUAAUAUAUUAUAUUAAAUAAGAUUAUAUCUACUUUAAGGGUUGUGCGGACGGUGGUCUAAGUCCUAUUAUUGGUCUCUUAGUUAAUUUUGUACGGUUGUGCUGCGUUAAGACGGUUUGGCGCUUGUCUGUGUGGGUUUUAUAAGAUUAUUGUCUACAGCAAACCUUUUAGUCUAUUAAAAUAUUUCAAAAGUACAAUACUCAUCUUUUCAGGUUCGCGUUUUGACAGUUAUCCCUAUACAUUAAAUAAAUAAAUGAAACAUGUUGUCAUUAGCCAUGUUACUAUUACGUUUCUAUUUGAUUGAUAUUGAAUUUAUCAAAAUUGGAAAUGGUUAAUCGAAAUCUAGGCUUAUAUUGGCUUUCAAACCGCCUUAUCGCACGCAAAUCUUUUCUAAAUUAUUAUGUUCAGUCGAUCUUGUUUUACUUUAGAGUUAAUACUGCAGCUACUUUAAAGUUCAUUUACGCACAUAUAAUGUAUAUAAGUUUAUUAACUUUUAAAACAUCGGGUAGCAUGCGUGGAGGUUUGUUUUAUAUUUUUUUUUAAUAAAUUUUAUUUAACACUUUGUUUUUUGUUUCUUUUUAGACGUUUUAAGCUUUAGGUUAUUGUGGAAGAUAUUGUGAUGAACGUUUAGAGGUUGAACGAAUUAAAUUCUAUUUUUCUAGUUGAA